CCAAAAUCCCAAAUCCAGAAUUUUUGCAAAAAAAUAAUGGUGACAUUAAUCACUGGAUUUUCUGCUAGGUUUAGCUUCUCAAGGCUGUGCCCAUGGCAUAGAUUAUUAUCUACUGGAGCUGAUAUUGAUUGCAGUAGCUCUAAUGACGGAGUCUUUUUUCCUAGAAGAGCACUAAUGUACAUACCAGGCUCAGAUGUUAGGAAACUUAAUAAAAUCCCAACAUUAGGAGUAGACACUGUCGCUAUUGACCUUGAAGAUGGUGUAGCAGCUAAUCAAAAGGAAGCAGCACGUUCCAAUCUCCCUCUUGCUCUCUCACUUGCAACUCAAGGAAAUAGUGAAGUUCUCGUUAGAAUUAAUGACAUGACUAGUGGUCAUGUCAAAGAUGAUCUCAAAGCAAUUUUUGCCCAUAGGAUAAAGCCACACGGCAUCAUGCUACCUAAAUGCGAGAGUAAAGAAGACUUGAAGAUAUUAGAUUUCUUAGUUGGUUUUUACACUCCUCCUGAUGCUCCCAUUCCUUCAUUGCAUAUAAUGAUGGAAAGCAUCUCGUCUCUCCUUUCAAUCAGGGAUACCUGUAGCUAUGGGCUUCAUAGGUUAAAGCAUUUAGUGUUGGAGUCUGUAACGUUUGGAUCCGAAGAUUACCUUGCCAGUUUGGGAAUACAUGAUGGGGAAGAAUCUCAUUUACUUGCUGCAAGACAAUCAUUCGUAACACAGGUCAAAUCACUGGGUUUGCAAGCACUUGAUUCUGUUAGUGUGGACUAUAAAGAUAUUGAACGCUUAAAGUUAAAAUCAGAAGACUCUGCAAGAAUGGGUUUUACAGGGAAGCAAGUUAUUCAUCCAGGACAAAUUGAUGUGGUUCAGUCAGCAUAUUCCCCAUCACCGGAGUCAAUAGAAUGGGCAGAGGAGCUAAUACGAAUAUUUAAAGAGCAUCAACAAUUUGGAAAAGGAGCAUUCACAUACAAAGGAAAGAUGAUUGACCGACCUAUACUACUGCAAGCAGAGAACAUACUUAAGAUGAAAAAAGCUUUGAGAAAAGACUAAUAAUAAUAAUAAUAAUAAUAAUAAUAAUAAUAAUAAUAAUAAAACAUUAUUAAUGAUAAUAUACAAUCAAUAACAAAGCAACGUUUUAGUCUC